CAGGCUGCCUCGCUCGGGUGACGUCAGCGCCCCGGUCCCCGCCGCAGCCGCUGCAUCCUCCGUGCCCGGCCUGAGCCGGAGUCCCCCGCGCCCCCCGCGUUCCGCCCGGCCAUGGCUGCGGUGGCGCUGAUGCCACCGCCGCUGCUGCUGCUGCUGCUGUUGGCAUCGCCGCCCGCCGCCUCCGCGCCGUCCGCCCGCGAUCCCUUCGCCCCCCAGCUCGGGGACACGCAGAACUGCCAGCUGCGGUGCCGCGACCGCGACCUCGGCCCGCGGCCCUCGCAGGCGGGGCUGGAGGGCGCCUCCGAGUCUCCCUAUGACAGAGCCGUUCUGAUCAGCGCUUGCGAGCGUGGCUGCCGCCUCUUCUCCAUCUGCCGAUUUGUGGCCAGAAGCUCCAAGCCCAAUGCCACCCAAACUGAGUGUGAAGCAGCCUGCGUGGAAGCCUAUGUGAAGGAGGCAGAGCAGCAGGCCUGUAGCCACGGCUGCUGGAGCCAGCCCGCGGAGCCUGAGCCGGAGCAGAAGAGAAAGGUCCUGGAGGCUCCAAGUGGGGCCCUCUCCCUCUUGGACUUGUUUUCCACCCUCUGCAAUGACCUCGUCAACUCAGCCCAGGGAUUUGUCUCCUCCACCUGGACAUACUACUUGCAGACUGACAAUGGGAAGGUGGUGGUGUUUCAGACUCAGCCCAUAGUGGAGAGCCUCGGCUUCCAGGGGGGCCGUCUGCAGCGCGUGGAGGUGACCUGGCGAGGCUCCCACCCUGAAGCCCUGGAGGUGCACGUGGACCCUGUAGGCCCCCUGGACAAAGUGAGGAAGGCCAAGAUCCGAGUCAAGACCAGCAGCAAGGCCAAGGUGGAGUCUGAAGAGCCACAGGACAAUGACUUCCUCAGUUGCAUGUCCCGGCGCUCGGGUCUGCCUCGCUGGAUCCUGGCCUGCUGCCUCUUCCUCUCCGUGCUGGUGAUGCUGUGGCUGAGCUGCUCCACCCUGGUGACCGCGCCUAGUCAGCACCUCAAGUUCCAGCCUCUGACCCUGGAACAGCACAAGGGCUUCAUGAUCGAGCCCGAUUGGCCCCUGUACCCGCCGCCGUCCCACGCCUGUGAGGACAGCCUACCACCCUACAAGCUGAAGCUGGACCUGACCAAGCUGUAGGCCUCCACUGGCCCCAUCACUGCCAACUGCAGGGGCCCCUCGGGCCUCACUUGCCCUGAGCCCAGGAGUCCAAGGGCAGGGUGGGUCCAGCCUUGAGCCCCUCCACCCCCAAAUCCUUCCUCUCCUCCCUGUCCCACCCCUUGCCCCACGGAGUCCUGGGGACGCAGUGCCCCAGCUGGGAAGAGGGCGGGAUCGGGCACUGGUUCCUCCUUGUCCCCGUUUUCUUGGGGGCUUGCUACUUUUUGUCUUCUAUUGUGUGGCUUUCUGAGUAUUUGAACCCCAGUCCUGUGUCAUCUUCCUUUUUCCUUCUCUGUCCCCUCUCUGCGGGGGGCGGGGGCGCUGAGGCUGAGGGGGAGCUGCGUCUUGCUAGGGCUUCCCCCUUCUCCCCAUCCCGGUCUCCAGAGACCCAGCUUCUGAGAGACGGGGUAUGGGCAUCUCCAUGCCCCUAUAAAGCGUGCCUGGGGCUUGUCUGGGGCUGGGGAGGAAUAAACCAUGUAUAUAAAAGA